CUUUCUUUCUUCCCUCGUUACAGCAUUUCAUGGCAACACCAGCGAUCCAUCAACUACCCGCACAUAUACUCGAUCUUGUCUUUCAGCACACAGAAAGAACAGCCCUUAAAGAGUGUCGGCUUGUUUGCGUAUUGUGGUAUCUUUUGACUACACCGUAUCUUUUUCGUUGUAUUCAAAUCAGUAGCACAUCUCAAAUUGACGAAUUCAUAUACUUUCAUGAAAAUUCAGCAUCUGAUCAACUUGUUCAAUUUGGAAAAUAUGUCAAACGAAUCACUACUGGUGAGGGCAUAGGGAUGGCUGAUACGAGGAUAUCGUUAGAAAAUUUUGAAAAAUUUGUCAAAUAUUGUCCCGAGGUUACAUCAGUUAGCGUUUCUCUGCCUGUUUGUAGAGGCAGUUUGUAUUAUUACCUAUUUGAAUUUAGUGGUAAUAUAAAAUGGAGGCUUCAUAGAUUUGAUCGGAAUGUUGAAAAUCAAAAGCUUAAAUUGAAUUAUUACUACAAGUAUAAAGACACUAUCAAGGUCAUAAGAUGGCUCGAAGACACUGAAAAUUUUGAUUUUGUAAUAGACUUUCCGUUACUUGAAGAACUGGCUUUGCCUUCGUCAGCGGUUAUCACAGACAUACAAGGUUUCAUGUUCAUUUGUAAUGCAUGUCCCAACUUAACCGAAUUAGACCUGUAUACCAACAUGAAUGAUCAUACAAGACUGGUAGCUGGCUUUGCUAUAUGUCCCUCAUUGAAAACUUUAAAUGUUAAAUGCCGUUCUUUGAUACCCAAGGUGUUGGUUGAUUAUAUUGCUGCAAGCUUGGUCAAUCUUUCAAAUAUAACUUUUUGGAUGGAAAUAACACUGAUACAAUCAAACUUUGGUGAAAUCUAUAACCAGCUAAAGGAUUUUUUGUUUACACCUCAGAAGGAGGCAGCUUAUUUAACAUUAAAAGCACAAACAAGUUACAGAGAUGAUACUGAAAAAAUAUAUACAAUGAUUGAUGAAUGUCUCACUGUCAUCUGUCGUCCUUCAAAGCUUAAAGCGUGUAAUUUUAUAAAAUGGAUAGCAAAUGAUUCGUCAGUGCUCGCCAUAGAUUUAUACAUGUCAAGAAACCAUACAAUCGAAUGCAAAAUCAGCAUACCCUUAUAUUUGUUUAUUUACUUUAUCGAAAAAGACGAUUUUACAAGCAGCAAAAUGCCAAACUUUCAUAAACUGUGCUUAGAGAGAGAAUGUAGAGGGCUCACCAUGUCAAGGGUUGUCGCUUUAUUUAUAGAAAAGGCUUGUAACUUGCAGGAAUUGAUUCUUCGCAGGUACCGCUUAAAGGAUACUUAUGACUAUGUUUAUGAAUCAGUGCGAAUUCUGCGUAUUGAAAACUCCGUUUUUUAUCCUGAUUUUUUCAAGAAGCUUGCUAUAUCUUUUCCAAACCUGAAAGAGUUGCAUCUGUAUGAAGUCAGUAUGCUUGGUAAUAAUCAUAGCUUUAGAAGUAAGCUGAUAGACUUGGGUGAUCUGCACUUGGAAAAAUUAUCAUUGACUACCGAUGAAAGGUUUGAUUCUGCAAAAAUCCCAGAGAGUGUCCUUGUAUGCGUAGAAGUACAGAAAAGGCGCAAAUAUAUCAAAGUGGGUGCUGGAAGGAUCCUAGAGACUUUAGCAGAUGAAGAGGGGAUGGCAUUUUGGAAGCGUGUGCCUGAUAAUCAUACAUAUCUCAUAAUGCGUAAUGCUCCUGCUCGCUUUAGGCUGAACAAUGUUUACAUUAAACUGACAAUAUAGUAAUAAAAAAAGCCCUUUUUACUUUAUCA